AGGUAGAAGGGAGGAGCGAAGCGCAACGGGGAGCUAGAGCGCAGUUGGUGCUGCGCCCGGGCGCUCAAGCGAGGCGAGGACUGACUGCUGAGUUGGCCACGGAGGCAGCGGACGACCCCAGUCCCGGCCCCCCAACCAGCCGUUGGAGAUGACGGAGACGCUGCUGCCCACCGGCUGUCCGGCCGCGGACCAGAGAGAGUCCUGCUAUUUUCGCAAGGGAUGCAACCCCCUUGCAGAAACCGGGCGGAGCAAAUUGCAAAAUCGGAGAGCUGUCCUGAACCAGCAGAUUCUGAAAGCGGUGAGGAUGAGAGCUGGCGCAGAAAACCUCCUCCGUGCGUCGACCAGCCCCAAAGUGCGCCAACAGGUGUUGCUGGAACUCAGCUACGUCAAUUCCAACCUGCAGAUCCUUAAGGAAGAGUUAGAAGGGCUCAAUAUCUCUGUGGAGGUGUACCAGAACAUGGAGGAAUCGUUUAGCAUCCCGCUGAUACCUCUUGGCCUGAAAGAGACAAAAGAUGUGGACUUCGCAGGACCCCUCAAGGACUUUAUUCUGGAACACUACAGUGAAGAUGGUACAGAAUAUGAAAAUGAAAUUGCAGAUCUUAUGGAUUUAAGACAAGCCUGCCGGACGCCCAGCAGAGAUGAAUCUGGAGUCGAGAUGCUGAUGAGCUAUUACGUACAGCUUGGUUUUGUAGACAAUCGUUUCUUCUCACCCACUAGAAAUCCGGGCAUUUUAUAUACUUGGUACGACUCUUUCACAGGCGUCCCCGUUUGCCAGAAGAAUUUGUUGCUGGAAAAAGCCAGCAUUUUAUUUAACAUAGGAGCUCUCUACACACAGAUUGGUACAAAAUGCAAUCGGCAAACGGGAGCCGGGCUUCAAAAGGCCAUCAGUGCUUUUCAGAAGGCGGCAGGUGUUCUAAACUAUCUAAAAGAAACUUUUACUCACACUCCAAGUUACGACAUGAGCCCUGCCAUGUUGAGUGUGCUGGUCAAGAUGAUGCUCGCUCAAGCUCAGGAGUGCAUCUUUGAACAGAUCUGCCUUCCUGGGAUACGGAAUGAAUUUUUCACCCUUAUAAAAAUGGCCCAGGAAGUUGCGAAGGUUGGAGAGAUGUACAUGCUUGUGGACACCGCGAUGAGUCAAGCGCCAGUCAAGGAGAACAUCCCUUACUCCUGGUCAAAGCUGGCCGAAGUCAAAUCGGAUCAUUUCAGAGCUUUGGCGCAUUAUUUUGUUGCCACUAUGCUGAACGAUCACCAGAUACAUCAGACCGAUGAUGAAGAUCAACAGGAAAAGGCUUUUUGCCAGCUGUAUGACCACAUGCCAGAAGGAAUGACACCCUUAGCUGUCUUAAGAGAUAGAAGCCAGCGUAAACAACUAGGAAGACUUCAUUUGCACAAAGCCCUCCUUUAUCACAAAGAAGCCUUAAGGGUGUGUAGCUUAUGCACAAAGCUCCGGAAUAUAGAGAUCCUUCAAGAGAUUUUGUCCGUCGCGCACAAGCGGACGCUUCUCAAAUAUACCCAACAGGAGCAAAAAGACGACUUCUUUAGUUUGGUGCCAGCACCGAAUAUCCUUUCGCACUCAAAUCACAAAUUAGAACUGAUUCCGCCUCUGUUCUCUAACGUGAAAGUGAGAGACUUCUUCGAAAGGCUGGGCCCACCUGCAGUGUUUUCAGCCAAGCAGAGGUGGUCUCCCCCUCGCACCAUCCAUUUCAACUGUGAAGAUGGCCUCUUGGGUUUCACUCUGAAGGGGGGCUCUCCCGUACAGAUUGACUGCAUCGACCCAGCUUCUCCUGCAGCAUUGGCAGGUUUGAAAGAAGGAGACACGGUGAUUGCUAUUGAAGGCACGGAUUGCAAAUGGUUGGGGAUGAGGGACGUCUUGGAAAAACUCCAGCAUUUGAGCGAGCAAAAGAUUGAGAUCCAAGUGAUCAGCUGUCAAGAAUAUGGACCUUCCUUGCAUAACAAAUGUGCCACUUAUUCAGCGGGGAUGCAGAAAACAUACUCCCUUAUAUGUUUGGCUAUGGAAGAAGAGAGGACCGACAAACCCAAGAAGCUGACGCCUAAAUUAUCCUUCUUGAGUUGGGGAACCAAAAACAGGCAGAAAGCUGCCAGCACCCUCUGCCUCCCUUCGGCUGUAAGUGGCACCUCUGCCUUUAAGAAGAAACUGACAACUCCAUUCACACUCUUCAGUACCGAUAGUUCAUUGUACUAGGACUUGGAAUGGACGCUGCGAAUUCACAGUCGCUUUUAGGAAUCCAGGGUGAAGUAGCCCCGACUUGAACCCAACAACAACAACGUUCAAAUCUGGCUUCAAUUGUUCAUCUCGCAAGGACGGGAAAGUUUUGAAGAACAGUGUCAUGUGCCUAAGGUGUUUGUCGGAGUUCUUUCAAACUUCUGCCCGGAUUCUGGCUUUGUUAGGAUCUAUCAUGAGAAACAAACAGAAUGGUUCUGCAAAGACUGAGGAUUUUGUUGUUGUUGUUUUAGAAAAAUGUGAAUUUGGAGCUCAGUAAUGCCACGUGGUUGACCAUCUCACCUACGUUGAGGGGGAGAAGUAAAUAGAACUGCAUGGCCACAAUGGUGCACGAUCAAGGAGAUACACCUGCUAAUUUAAUUUAAAACCCAACGAAUGAGAAACAGAGUUGCAGGCCAGUUAGUAACCGUGAGUUGACAAUCUACACAGAACCAAAUUCUUAAAUUAAUUAUUGAAUGGCCAGGCGAUGGGAAGGAAACCGGGUAAAGGAAUAAAUCUAACAGGGUACGGUAGUGGCAAGGCUGCGUGUUAAGGUUUUAAAAUCCUAUUUUCUAUUCUGCUUUGAGGUGGUUUAAACCAAGGGUCUCCAAACAUGGCAAUUUUAAGACUUGUGGACUUGCAGCUCCCCGAAAUUCUGAGAGUUGGAAGUCCACAGGUCUUAAAGUUGCCAUGUUUGGAGACCCCUGGUUUAAAUAAACAACAUUUUAAAAAGAUAAAUAACAUCACUCCGGGCCCAGGACUGGGAAUUGGGAGGGUGGCAGCAACACAGAGAGAAUACUGAUGUUUGUUCUAUAACCAGACCCAGAUUUCCACAAGAGAAUUUCAAACAACAGUGUUUUUGGCCUAUCAUUGAAGCCUUCCAUGAGAAUGGUGCGGUGGCCUCGAGGUUUAGCUCUCACCUCACAAUCAAGAGGCUGUGUAUCGAUCCUAGGUAAGGCAGAUAUUCCUCUCUUUCUCAGAACAAUGAGAAUAUAUCUGCUGAACAAAACUCCGCAUUGGCAACAUGGAAGGGCGUCUGGCCAGUAAACACUCAGCUCCAUUCAGUUGUCCAGACUUCACCCGGCAAGGGAUUAUAGGGUUGUUAAAAGAAGAAGAUGAUGAUUGAAGCCUUCCAUGGACGCAACACAGGGUUAUCUGGGCAACCAGAUUUUGCAUUUUCUGGCGUUCCAAAUGGGACAUGGAAUAGGAUGGCGAUUUCCAGAAUUUCCCGCACUAAAUGACAGCAUCUCGUCAACGACCAAAAGAAGCUAUCCAUUUACGUGGCACCCAAUGUGUGGUGGGAAGAAAUCUCCCAAGGACAACCUUGAAACCAACCCUGGCCCUGGCGACGUUAAG